CAUGCGCGGUUCGGCAGCUCUCGGCGGGAUGCUGCAAGUCUAUACGAACAUCUGCGUCGCACGUCUCGGAGCCGCAAAUGCCCAACGCGCCCUUAAGCGAUAUAAACACGCGGCAACUAUAACCACUUUCCUAAUAACUUGUCAAAUUAUAUAGAAACUUUUAAGUCAUGUUUGUGGCUGUGCUGGUUGGCGGUUUUUUAUUUUUAAGCCCGCAAGUUGACGCAAAAGGAGCGAUCUACUUGACGACUAAAAAUGGAACAUUUCCAAUAUCGCUGACCGCAAAGUCCCGUGAGGCGGCGUCGCAACACUCUCCCAAGAUUUUGUCCAGCGCUGAUAAAAAAACUCCGGAAGCCCCCGGUUAUAGCGACCGUGACUACUGGGACACCAGUGACAAAAUCCUUUCCAAUUAUUUGAACAUAACGUUCGGUGAAAUGGACACGCGCUAUAUGUGGAAAAGCAAAAGGAGCAUCAACGACGCGGUUUCCAGAAACAUCACGCUGGUGCUCGAGAACCUUUUGAAGAAUUAUGAGAACUCGCAGCUCCCUACUCAUGGAAAAGGGUACCCUACAGUUGUGCAAACCAAUAUAUUGAUAAGGAGUAUGGGCCCGAUAUCAGAGCUUGAUAUGGACUAUUCAAUGGACUGCUACUUCAGGCAAUACUGGCGCGACACCCGACUCUCCUUCCUCGGGCCCAUUCGCUCGCUAUCACUAUCCAUCAAGAUGCUCGAGCGGAUCUGGCGCCCAGACACCUACUUCUACAAUGGCAAACAUUCCUAUGUGCACACUAUAACUGUGCCCAACAAGCUGUUAAGGAUCAGUCAGCAUGGUGAUAUAUUGUACUCGAUGAGGUUAACUAUUAAAGCUAAAUGCCCCAUGGAGCUUCGGAAUUUUCCAAUGGAUCGCCAGUCCUGUCCACUUAUACUUGGUAGUUAUGCGUACUCCAACCAGCAACUGGUGUACCAGUGGCAGAACACGCAAAGCGUCAACUUUGUCCCAGGAAUGACGCUGUCCCAGUUCGACCUAAUCAGCUUCCCUUACCGAAACUUCACCUUCACCAGGCGAGAAGGAGAUUUUUCCGUGCUUCAAGUAUCGUUCAACCUGCAGCGACACACUGGGUACUUCCUCAUCCAAGUAUACGUACCGUGCAUCCUCAUCGUAGUCCUCUCCUGGGUAUCCUUCUGGAUACACCGCGAGGCAACGUCAGAUCGCGUAGGCUUGGGAAUCACAACCGUGCUGACCCUGUCCACUAUAAGUCUGGACUCUCGCACGGAUCUGCCCAAGGUGCGAUACGCGACGGCCCUGGAUUGGUUUCUACUCAUGAGCUUCUUCUACUGCAUCGCUACUCUUCUUGAAUUUGCUGGCGUCCAUUACUUUACCAAGGUCGGCUCUGGCGAGAUCGUGAUAGACGACGCGGAGUGGGAAGAGCUAAUCGAGGAGGUGGGGGGCGACGCGUUUGCCGCGCGACAACUCGCCGCUCGCCGCCGGAGUUCCGGCAGAUCCGCUGCCAACUACACUUUGUCUCUGCCGCAACAAAGCAACUGUCCCGCGGAAGCCGGCUCUGAGCCCGUGGUCCGACUGACCAUGGAACGCACCACACAGACGGAGUCACGCGUGCCUCGCUGGCGGCAGCUGCUUUACUGCCUCGCCGGAGACGACCUUUACCGGAGGAAGCGGCAGGUCGAAGCUGGAAUGCGCGGCCACAUCAACAGCGUGUCGCACAUCGACCGCGCCGCUCGCGUACUCUUCCCGGCUUCGUUUGCGCUUCUCAACCUCUUUUACUGGCUCGUCUACGUGUUCUCCGCAUCUGAUUUCGCCUGGAGUGACAAUCCCAUCAACUCGCUGUCUCAUUAAGAAUAAAGGGGACGACGUCACGUAACCGUUUCUUCAUAUAAACGUGGUCCUCAUAUAACAUUACCUAUAGAAAAUAUUUUUACGCAUAAUACACGUAUAUAAUAUUAUAAUCUCAUGACUUCGUUUGUUUUUUUAGAUUUUUUUUAGUUAUUUUAAGAGUUAGGACUACAUUUGUAUGGAAAAGCGUUCGUUCACUAUGCUCUUAAAGAAAGGGCCUUGGCGGAAAACUCUUAUUUUCGCCUAGCCCCCUAUCCGCCAAGUCCGUCCCGUGCGAAAAGGAACUUCGUUCCAAAAAGUACCUAGACGUUUCGCGAACCUACCUAAACGUACCUAUCACGGGUCCGUGACCAAAUUUAAUCUUAGGCGUCUUAGACCAAACCUGUUUUGCCAAAUCGCGUUGGGAUUGGGAAUUAACUAGUUUAGAAUAGUCUGUUUAGUGUAAAGGUGGGCAUUCGGGUAAUUUCGGAAAUUACCGAAAAUCAUUUUCCGUUCUCACAUUCCGUUGUAAUCAAUCCCUUUUCAGAAUUGUACGCCACUUUUUAGUUUUUUUUUCCUUUCGGAAUUACCCGAAUACACUUCAUAUAUAUAUAUUUUAUGUAGAAUAUAUGUGUGAAAAACUCAGAUAUCAUUUUAAUUAAGCCUACCUAUUGUACAUUAACUGCGAUCGUUUAAACAAAUAAGAUUUUAGAUUGUUACCUAAUGAUAGUGCGACAUAAAAUAGUAGAAAUUAAAUAAAAUGGAACAAAAAAUUCCAUACUAUGUUGUUGCCAUAUUUAAGCAUUUUAAGUCAAAAAUGUGACAGUUACGUAGGAAGUGGCGCCCUCAAUAAUUUUCUACAAUUUCUUGUC